ACUACCACUACUAACCUCACCCAUCGUCAUCGCCAUCACACCAUGAGUUUGGCGUUCGUAGAGCGUUUCGUACGGUCAGUGGAAGGAUGUGUUUUCGUUUUAAAACGUUAGUGGCACGAAACAAGUUCCGGUGACGUCGCGUAUUGUACGGGGAGCGUAUGUUGGUGCAUCGAUCUCGAUAACGUGACAAAAGGACACAAACGAAUCCGCGCGAGCAAAGUACAGGAGAGAGACACUAUUGGAACCCAAGAAUCAUCGGGACGAUUUCGUGGCGGAGUUGCACGCUGGAUACGUUCCUUGGCAGUGACCGAGAGUGUUCCGGGGUGUAGUGCUGUCUGGAAAAAACCGUUUGCUACGUUCCCUGCUUUGUUAUGGAGCCGACGAGAAAAGAGAAGAAACACAAGGAGAAAAGAAGGAGUAACGAGAAACGGAAGGAGAAGUCUCGCGACGCGGCGCGAUGCCGUCGGAGCAUGGAGACGGACAUUUUCACCGAAUUGGCGGCCGCGCUUCCGGUUCCGCCGGAUCAAGCAGCUCAGCUGGACAAGGCCAGCGUGAUGAGGCUUGCGAUCGCCUACCUUAAAGUGCGCUCGGUAAUCGAGUCCAUGCCAGCGCCUCCUGCGAAAUCCGAGACAUCGAACGAAAUGGACGAGUUGUUCUCAAAAGCUCUGAACGGUUUCAUGCUGGUGCUUUCAAGCGAUGGGAACAUAAUCUACCUGUCGGAGAACGUCAGUGAUUAUCUGGGGGUUUCUCAGAUGGACAUGAUGGGCCAGAGCGUGUACGAGUACAGUCAUCCUUGCGAUCACGACGAGCUACGCGAAUGUCUCGCCUCGAAGCCCAACGAGAACAACGACAAACGGUCGUGCAGCUUCUUCCUGCGGCUGAAAUGCACUUUGACCAGCAAAGGGAGGAAGGUUAAUCUGAAGAGCGCUUCCUACAAGGUGAUCCACUGCAUCGGUAGAUUGACGUACAUACGCGCACCGGUGUUGAACGCGAUGGAAACGGACGAAGAAGAUCGUAAGACGGAGAAGGAGGAGGAUGAUGAUGAGGAGGAUGAGCGAAUGGAACGGGAUACUGGGGCUUCGUUGGUGCUGGUUGGUUGUCCCAUACCGCAUCCGAGUAACAUAGAAAUACCAUUGGGACGCCACACGUUCCUGUCAAAGCACAGCCUUAGCAUGAAAUUCACCUACGCCGACGAGAAGCUGGCCGAUUAUCUGGGCUGGAACAGCGAGGAGCUGGUCGGGCAAUCUGUGUUCGAGUUCUUCCACGCCCUCGACAAUUUGGCGCUGGAUAAAUCUUUCAAAUCACUGUUCAGCAAAGGUCAGUGCGAGACCGUGGCGUACAGAUUCUUGGGCAAACGUGGUGGAUACGCUUGGGUGGUCACGCAGGCCACUCUUAUCCAUUGUUCCAAGCAACAGAAACCGCUGUCCGUCGUCUGCGUGAACUACGUCCUAAGCGGCGUGGAACGGGAGGAUGAGGUGUACAGCGCCCGUCAGCUGGCAGCACGUGACACCGAGCGAAACAACAACAACAACGUCGUGAAGUCGAAGAAGAAGGUGACGGCGACGGUACCGAAUAUCGGCGAGAUAAUAUCUGUUCAACAACCGGCCAAGGUCAAGUUGCAGGUGCGGAUUGACGCCGGUGAACAGCUCGAGGAGGUUAGGUUCGACGCAGGGGAUCACGAGUACGCGUCGUCUGAAAGUGCGCAACAGCAGCAAGGAUUGUUCGAACGUGCGAAACCGUUGGCGGUGACCACCUCGACGUUCCGCGUGGCAGCGGGACAAAAGGCGAAAAAAGAGCCGGUUGGGCUUCAGGACGGCUCGCGGAAGGAUAACACCUUCCCGAGACCGGUCCACGAUACAGAGAAAUCGUUCGUCGGCGUGCAGGCGCUCAAGGAGUCGCUCGAGGAAUCGCUCAAAGAGAACGACGAGCCGAAACGACGACAGCAGAACCGUAAUCAACGAUCGACGCCGAUCACCCGUACACCGUUCGUCUUCCAGGGUAAGCCCGCGGUGGAAUACGAUCCAACGGAGAUUACGGUUCGUCGUGAUAGGCCCCAGGCCGUCACCAGACAACUUUUCGCCCCGAUCGCCGCGCAACAACAACCACAACAGCAACAACAACAACCGGAACAGAUCACUUGCAGACCACCGCCGCAAACUGCAACAGCGAGCAUCUUCGCACCUCGUACCGAGGACAUGAACAAAGGCUUCUUGACUUUCAGCGAGGAUCAUCCAGGCCUUACGAUGCUGAAGGACGAGCCGGAGGACUUGACACAUCUGGCGCCUACACCAGGCGACGUAUGUGUGCCCCUCGAGGACACGCCAUUUCUCUCCGAUAUGCUCGACGAGUUCAUUCUCGGGAACGACAACUAUUGUCCCCUGUUGAGCCCCGGUGGUGCCGGCCUCGCCACGGAACUACGCUCCGCGGACUUCGGUGAUCCGUUGAAAGACACCGAACUCGGGGACAGCACGCGGAACAAGAGCCUGGGCGAGCCCCUAGCGGACAGCGAUCCGUUCAUGUAUGGGGAUUCCCCGAGCAGCCCUUGCAGCAUCGAUCCAAACUCGGUUUCCCGAUCCCUCACUAAAUACCGUCAAAGCCCGGAACGAAGCAUAGAUUCGUUGGGCAGCCCAACAGGUGGCAGCUGCGCGGAAGGUUUAUCGGAGGACGAGAUGCUGAUGCUGGGUCUUAGCGACAGUAUAGCCGACGAUGAGCUGGCGUUGAGGGCACCGUAUAUCCCGAUGUCGGACCAGGAUGAGGCGUUGGAUCUGCUCAUCAGCGAUGAGAUGGUGAUGUGGAGUCCGCCUCAUACCACGGAGAAACAUUGCCCGAAAUGGAUGAUCGACGAGAAGAAGGAACAGAGGCCGUCCGAGUCGAGUUUGGCGCAGCUCUUGAAAACAGAACAGAUUGUCUCUAGAAAGUACAACGAUCACGGAGGCGGUCUAGUCAAUCCGGUUCAGGUUCUUGGUCAACUACCUAGAAAAAACACAAGCCUGGACACCGGCGGCAGUCACUGGCCGUCCAAGCUGGACAGACCCACCAAGCGUAUACACACCGGCUCGAUAGACGCGGGGGGGAUUGAAAAUAAACGCAUCAAAUGCGAGGAAUCGACGAUGAUCAGGUGCGUUAGCCCGCUGGGCCUGGAGGAUCACUUGCUGGGCAAGCAACAAGAAACGUCCGCGCAGAAACCGUUGAGUAUCGUUGACAGUCAGUUGCUUCGCCGUCUCGUCUCCCAGCAAACGGUUCAGCGGAACGGUCCUGGUCGCUAUCUUGGCGAUUCGUUCACCGUGAGCCCCCUGAACCCGCCUCGACAGAGCAACAACGCUCAGAUGAAACAAGGGGACCUGGAAGCAGCAGUGGAAGACGAAGGCGGGGCGGGUGACGCUGAGGUCGAAGGGGAAGGCGAAGGGGACAGCGGAGGUGGCGGUGGCUGCGAGGGAGGCGGGAGAACCGGGAACAGCAAUAACAGACGCCGUCGAAACGACGAGACCAACCGAAACACGGAACGGAACCCGGGCUGCAGCAGCGUGCUAAUGAAUCUCCUGGUGUCCGGCUGCGACGACAGUUUGAUGGAGUCGCGUAACGUGCCCCAGGCGAUUCCGAGAAGCUUGACGCAGCCGUUGUCCGUCAAUCUGGACAACCAAAUGGUGCCACAGUGUCCAAAUUCCGGUGGAUCGACUGAAUCGUACGAUCAGCUGAGCUCGGUAGCCAGGAAACAGUUGCCUGGCUCGUACAUGAGCGACGGAUCGCUCGUUUCACCGUCUUCGCCAAUGAUGAGCUUUGAGAACUUCGACGACUACGACCCGAGCAUGUCGAGCAGCGGGCUGCUACAAGUCCAGCCAGACCUGUUCGGGUCUCUAUUGGAUCGAAAUCUCGUUUAAAUCGGUCGCGUUCGCCUAUCGACGCGAGAACGGCGAGAAUUUCAGAAUGAUGAUGAUAAUGAUGAUGAUAAUGAUGAUGCAAUAUAUAUUGAGCGCGAGAUAGCACUGAUGGAUGGGUAUAGUAGGGCUGCGGGCAAUUGAAAAGGCACAGAUAACCUCGAAACGCAGAGCCCGAUUCAGAGCUCCUUCGUCUUUAAGGCGUUUCUACACGCGUGUCGUCCAGAGAGACAGAAGAUAUUUUUACAUUCGUAACUUCCUCGUGAAAAAAAGUCAUUUCGACAGCCAAUGUCGUCUCUACACGCGAGAAAAGUGCCAAUGCAUUUUUAGGCAGUUGCUAGUUGUCGGAGGUGUUGCUGCGGUGAGAACGGGUCUUCAACGUGGAAUCCAGUCGGCAAUGCACCCCCCUUGGAGCACUUUCUUACCGUUGUCGAUGACAGUGCAACCGGAAAUACCGAUAGUCUAACGGGGAACCGAGAAAUACACUUACGAUCCACUGAAUUUGUGGUAAUAAUUUUGGAUGGGACCAACGGUAUUUUCGGUGAAACGGCUCGGAUUUCCGAAUAGCGCACAGUUUUGCUCGCGAGGAACAAGCGGAGUUUGUCCGAUGCUGCGCGUUUUACACCAAUGAAUCAGUUGUACGAUGUUUUUCGUUGUGGUGCGGUGGAAGUUCGAGAGAUGAUCCAGUCGAUAGCAGGAAUAAUAGAAUUCAAUUUAAAACGCGCGCGGCACUGAUUUCCGCGUUGCAGCCGAUCGACGCGCCACCACCACCCCCCUCCCCUUCUCCCAUCCUAAACGGAUGAGUCAGCCGCGAUACAUGUCAAUCUGUCGUGUGCCUCUCGUCGUCGUUGUUACUGUUUUUUAUAGUUUUUAACAAGGUCAAUCCCAAUAUUAUCAGUUGU